ACACACUCGUUUUCAAAUUCAAAUCUUUGGCGGCGUUCUGCGAUAAGGAUGCGAGGAAAUUCCAAGAUUUAUCUUUUGGUUACAGAAUUAAUUUUAGAAUUUAAGUAGUAUGCAAGUGAUCAUAGAUGACUCGAUUCAAACGUCUGUUUCACUGGGGGCCAUUGACAGCACUUAGUAUAAUUACAUUUCUGUUUGUUAAUGCAUUGUUGGCCGAUAUUUCAUGGUACUCCCCUUGUGAUAUUGGAGGUUUGUUGCACUUGGCUGUUUUCUGUUCAUGGGUUUAUGCAAUUCUGAAAGAAUUUUUGAAAGCAGCUUUCGAUGGACCGGGAUUUGUGCCUCUUGGUUGGAAACCGGAGAAUGAAGAAGACGAGAAAUGCCUCCAGUAUUGCUCAACGUGCAUGGGAUUUAAGGCACCCAGAUCGCAUCAUUGCAAAAAAUGUAACAGGUGUGUCAUGAAAAUGGACCAUCACUGCCCAUGGAUCAACAAUUGCGUCGGCCAUAAGAAUCACAAGAGUUUCACUCUGUUUCUGGUGUUCGUCGUGAUCGGAUGCUCCCACGCAGCUGUCAUAUUAAUUUGUACUUGUCUCCGCUAUAUUUUGUGGGAUGAGGGAUUCUUGAUCAUUAAAAUUGACGAAUAUGAUUUGAUUUCAUUUGGAGUCGAAUACUUUAUAGUAUUUUGCCUUGCAAUCGGCUUAUCUAGUGGAGUUGCUGUGGCUGUUUCUUUGCUUCUUUACUACCAGAUAAGGACAAUUCUAACCAACCAAACUGGAAUUGAAGACUGGAUUGUGACAAAGGCCGAUCGAGAGCGUCCUGAUGGCUCUGUGUUCAUUUACCCGUAUGAUUUAGGCACCUGGAACAAUAUAAAACAGGUUAUUAAUUGGUCUGGUGAUUAUGCUGGUGAUGGCAUUAAUUGGCCGAUCAAAGAAGGCUGCAAGCAAUAUGAUUUAACCAUAGAGCAGUUAGAGCAGAAGGCCCUCAAAAGGGAUAGAAUGGUAUUACAUAAGAUAAUUGGCAAUUAUAGUGGCACUUGGUUUCCAUGCAAGCACGGUCUUCGGACUUGCUAUGAUAUGCCAUGGUCAGAUGCGCCGAGGAUGGGAGUCGAAGAGAAGGAUGCUGUUUACGUCACUAGAUGGCGUAGACAUUGGCUCUUUGGCGAAAAAGUUACAACAAAAAGAAGUUUUAAUGCUUCAAAUGGUGCAAUACCAGAGCGGGAAAAAGGUUGGUUUCCCAGGCAAUGUGCGGUCGAGGUUUAUGAUGAUGAAGAUGAGUUCCUGAAGAAGCUCAAAUGAGGUCACUAAAAUUAGCGAAACUUAGUUCAAAUCUUCCAAUUAGACUUCAAAGUUCCUGCAAGAUGAAGAUUUCUUAUUCAGUAUAUUUCACAGUGUUAUUCUGCGUGAAUAUCGACUUGUCAUUUCGUUUCGAACAUGUUGAAUUAAUGCGUGUAUCUGUGUUGGUUAACCUGACAAGCAGAUCUUAAGAGCUACGAGCUCGUUUUGACGUAAACUUCCAUAUUCGAACGUGAAACUUAAGAAACCUAGGAGAUUAGAUGCUCUAACAGGGCCUAUCAAAGGCUAUGCAUAUGUUAAUGUUACAGAUUGCCAAAUCAUUACUGAAGACAACGUUCCUUAUUAUGGUCUCCAUUAGCAAGAUUGAUCUAUAACCAAAUAUCAAAACAAACUUUGCGCGUAGUGUCCCGCGGGCAAAUUCCUUAUCCAGCCCCUUUUUUCCACGGAGGCUUCAAACCACGCAUUCUUCCAAGAGCCUUUCAGCAGUUCAUUUUGCUACGGAUCUGUCUUAAGCUUCUGAUAUUCAAGGUAACUCCAUCAUGAAAUAACACAAUUUUGCAAGUGCAGUUGCAGCCACCUCUGGAGCUCCUUUCAAGCGAGGGCUGCUUUGGAAAGUCCACCAUUGUUCAAAUUAAGUGUGAGGCCCAUAUACCAUUGAUGAAAGUUGAUUAAAAGGUUUUAAGCAGUCGAAGAGAACUGAAUUGGCUAAAUGCUCAGCUCUAGAAAUCGAAUUUAUGAAUUCUGAAGAUAGAUAACCAUGAAGAGGGUAUUCCUAAAUAUUUGUAUAUCGGACCAAAGAGUUCUAAGAAAGUUUUAAAUUUCAAAGGUAGCUUUAAAUUUCACGAGUUCGGUCUUUGAUAUCAUUGCCAAUUAGUAUCAUAAGAUCAAAGAUUUGCAGGAAUUUUUUUUCAUAGAAUCUGUUUCACAGAAUGCAAA